GCUCAGUCCGCGAGUGAUCCGCCGACAAUAAUGAUCGGCUAACAAAUUUUUUUUUUAAUUUAUUUUUUUCCGUAACGAGUUGGUCGCAUAAUCAUGUUUCUCUUGCUGGCGUUAUCGAGUUGGCUGGUCGCGUCGGCGCAGGCCAGUAUUUGGCCUUAUCACGGAUCAGCGGCUCCGGGCUCAACAGGUGCUGUAAUAGUCGACGCAGGUAUAGGCAGCUACGACUACGGCUCAGCCUACGGCAUCGAGCCACAGCUGACCCUUGGACACGCUAAUGGCUACGGGGCUGUCAUCGGCAGUGGAGCCGCAAACUCGAUCCUCGUCAAAGGACCCAAAGUUAUAGUGGGCCCAGGAGAGGGCCCGGUACUGGUGCAAGGACCCCGUCAGAGCUCCGCUACGAUCGUGGGCCCGUCCGAAGGACCAGCCACGAUCGUAGGACCCUCAUCCGGCGCAGCAACGAUAGUAGGCCCCUCCUCGGGGGCAGCCACCAUAGUGGGCCCUACCGCGGGAGGGGCGACUAUCGUCGGACCUUCCGAAGGAGGCGCCACCAUCGUUGGACCCACAGCCGGUGCUGCCACCAUCGUUGGACCGUCAGAGGGAGGCGCCACUAUCGUCGGGCCCCAACAGGCCCCUGCCACGAUAAUCGGACCAUCCACGAGGCCGGUGGCCAUCGUUGGAUCCUCCAGACACGACGGGUAUGCGCAUGCGCAUGCGGAAGCUCAUGCAGAGGCUCAUGCGCAUACGCACGCGAACAACUGGGUCUGGAGCCAGCCUCCCAUUAUCGUCAAAGAACGACCUACCAUUAUUCGCGAGGACGUGCACUAUCACCAUGAACACCACCCGGUAGUGGUCAAGCAGCCCGUCUACGACAACCACGUGGUAUGCGCACCAGCCGUGGCCGGUUGGGACACAAACGCCGCCGUCAAAGCCGUGGCCCACGCAGCUUCUCACUACGGCCCAGUCCAUGUGGGUACGGCCCAUGGUCGACCAGUGGUCACCGUCUCGGGCCCACUUAGCGUACACGGACAUGGACACGAGCACAACCACGUUCACGUCGAGAGCCUUCCACGACCCGUGGCUGCACUUUCGGGACCGGUGGCACCAAUCGCCGUCAUCACUGGACCUUCGGGAUCGAUCAGUACCGGUGGUUCCUCAGCAUCGUCCAUAGCCUCGGCGCAUUCGUCAGCGUAUGCUCAUAGCAACGAUUGGGCGGUCAAGAAGUACUGGUAUCCCAGCCCUACUUGGAGGAAAUGCUAAAGAAACUUUGUAGAUAAAAGCCAACGAGAUAACGUCACGCACGAUAUGCGACAAUGUCAAAUUAAAUUAAUAAGUGCAUAGGGAUGAAAUCCUGUUUUCAAGCGUCAAUAAAUAACAAUUUUGUCCAAUAU